AUGGAUUGUUUAAAUAAAAUAAAUUUAAUUCAUAAAGUGAAUACAGAAUUAUAUAAUAGUUUAGGUAUAGAAGAUGACAAUUUAGCAGAAUUUUUAAUUUAUUUGUGUAAUAAAUCUAAAUCAUUAGAAGAAUUUUGCAAAGAUGUUUUUGAAAAUGGUGGGGAAAUAGAACAUUCUGUUCUUAAAUAUUUAUAUGAUGUCAUAAAAAGUUCUUCGAAGGAUGUUGAAGCGUCAAAGAAAGAAAAUAAAGAAGCAACUUCAGAAAAAAAUAUUGAAUCAAAAGAAUAUGAACAAAUAGAAAAAAAAAAUGAAAAAAUGAAAAAAUAUUAUUGUUUAACUAUAAAGAACGAAAAUUUCAAUAAAGAGCCAGACGAAAAUUUGAAAAAAAAAGAAGAUAAUCAGAUAAAUUAUAAUAAUGAAGAUAAAUCCAAUAGCAAUAAAUUAAAUGAUACUGAUUCUUUAUAUGAAAAAAGAAAAAAAAAUAAUAAUAAUAGAUUAAGUGAUAGUGAUUCUUCAUAUAAAAAAAGAAAAAAAAAAAAUAAUAAUAGAUUAAGUGAUAGUGAUUCAUCAUAUGUAAAAAGAAGAAAAAAAAAUAAUAAUAGAUUAAAUGAUAGUGAUUCAUCAUAUGUAAAAAGAAGAAAAAAAAAUAAUAAUAAUAGAUUAAAUGAUAGUGAUUCUUCAUAUAAAAAAAGAAAAAAAAAAAAUAAUAAUAGAUUAAAUGAUAGUGAUUCAUCAUAUGAAAAAAGAAGAGAGAAAAAUCAUAAAAAUGAAAAAAGUUAUAAUUAUGCUUCUUCUCAUAAAGAUUAUAGCGAAGAUAAAAAAAGAAAACAUAAACAUGAGAAAAAUUAUGCAAAUGAUAAUUCUUUAAAAAUUAAUAAUAUUUUUAAUGGUAGUAUAAGUAAAAUAAUGGAUUUCGGAAUUUUUGUUUCCUUUAAAACAAUAGAAGGCUACAAAGAAGGCUUAGUUCAUGCUACUGAUAUAUUGCCAAAUCGUAAAAGGUUAUUAAAUAUAAAUGAAAAAUUUAAAAGAAAUAUGAAAGUUAAAGUAAAAGUAAAAGGAAUAUUUGGAGAAAAAAUUAGUUUGAAUAUGUCAGAAGUAGAUCAAAAGACAGGAAAAAAUUUGGUAAAUGAUGAAGAAAAAAGUGAAAAUUAUGGUUCAUUAUUUGAUGAUAUAGAUGAAGAUUACAAAGAAUUAAAAAAAAAUAAAGCAGACAUUUUUAGAGAAGAUCCAAAUGAAAUAAUGAAAUAUGAAAGUGUCAUAAAAAUGCAAAGUGAUUAUUCUAAAUGGGAAAUUCAACAGCUAAUGAAAAGUGGGGCAAUAUAUGAUGAAAAUCUCAAGAAGGAAUAUAAGAAUUUAAAAAUGGAUGAAAAAAUUGAAGAUGAAGAGGAAGUUAUAGAAAUUGAAGUUAAUGAAAGAGAGCCUUCUUUUUUAAAAGGGCAAACAACAAAAGCUGGAGCAAAGUUGUCACCAAUUGAAAUUAUUGUUAAUGCUGAAGGAUCUCUUGCUAGGGCAAUAACAACUACAUCAGCAUUAGCAAAAGAAAGAAAAGAACAAAAGCAAAAUGAGCAAAAUGCAAUUUUUGAUAGUAUUCCAAAAGAUAUUAGUAGACCAUGGGAAGAUCCAAAGCCAAAUUUAGGAGAAAGAACAAUAGCUGAAGCAUUAAAGAAUAUUGGGAAAAAUUAUGACUUACCUGAAUGGAGAAAAAUUUAUAUGAACAAUAAUAUAUCUGUUGGUGUGAAAAAUUCUUUACCACUUAAUGAGCAAAGAUUAAAAUUACCUAUAUAUAAAUUAAAAGAUGAUUUAAUGAAAGCGAUUCAAAAAAACAAUGUUCUUAUUGUAAUUGGAGAAACAGGUAGUGGAAAGACAACCCAAAUACCUCAAUAUUUACAUGAAGCAAAUUAUACAGCCAAUGGAAUUAUUGGAUGCACACAGCCAAGAAGAGUUGCAGCUAUGUCAAUUGCUAAAAGGGUGAGCGAAGAAUUCGGAUGCAUUUUAGGCCAAGAAGUCGGUUAUUCCAUUCGUUUUGAUGAUUGUACAUCCAAUGAUACUAUUAUAAAAUAUUUAACUGAUGGUAUGCUAUUGCGAGAAACAUUGAGUGAUACAAUGUUAACAAAGUAUUCAUUUAUUAUACUUGAUGAAGCUCAUGAAAGAACAAUUUCAACAGAUAUCCUUUUUUGUCUUUUAAAGGAUGUUGUUAGAAAAAGAUCUGAUUUUAAAUUAAUAGUAACAUCAGCUACUCUUGAUGCUGAAAAGUUUUCUACAUAUUUUUUUAAUUCUCCAAUUUUUACUAUUCCAGGAAAAAUAUUUCCUGUGGAGAUACUACAUUCUAAAGAACCAGAAAGUGAUUAUGUAGAAGCAAGUUUAAUAACAGUUUUGAAUAUUCACUUAAAUGAACACCCAGGCGAUAUUUUAGUUUUUUUGACAGGCCAAGAGGAAAUUAAUACAGCAUGUGAAAUUUUACAUGAACGUAUGAAAAAAUUAGAGAGUAUGUGUCCUCCACCUUUAAUUAUUCUACCUAUAUAUUCAUCCUUGCCAUCAGAAAUGCAGAGCGUAAUCUUUGAGCCUGCACCUCCAGGAUGUAGGAAGUGUAUCUUAGCUACAAAUAUAGCAGAAGCAAGUUUAACUAUUGAUGGAAUAUUUUUUGUUAUCGAUCCAGGGUUUUGUAAAGUAAAAAAAUAUGACUCUAAGAGAGAUAUGGAUUCUUUAAUAGUUGCCCCAAUUUCUAAAGCUAAUGCUAAACAAAGAGCUGGUCGUGCAGGUAGAACAGGACCAGGAAAAUGCUAUCGGCUAUAUACUGAAGAAGCAUAUAAAAAUGAAAUGGCAGAAACUAGUGUACCAGAAAUACAAAGAAUUAAUUUAGGUAGUAUUGUAUUAUUAUUAAAGGCUUUAGGAGUUAACGAUUUUUUACACUUUGAUUUCAUGGAUUCUCCAUCAAUUGAAACUCUUAUACACUCUCUAGAAAAUUUAUAUUAUUUAGGUGCAUUAGACGAUAAUGGCUAUUUAACAAAAUUAGGAAAAAAAAUGGCAAAUUUCCCUAUGGAACCUAAUUUAUCAAAAAUUUUAUUAACAUCAAUUAAUUUCAAUUGUGCUGAUGAUGUAGUUACUAUAGUUAGUAUGCUCAGUGUACAAAAUAUUUUUUAUCGCCCUCAAAAUAAAGCAUUAUUAGCGGAUAAAAAAAAAAAUAAAUUUGUAAUGCCACAAGGGGAUCUUAUUACUUACUUAAAUAUAUACAAUAAGUGGAAGGAAAAUAGUCUUUCUAACUAUUGGUGUCACGAAAAUUUUAUUCAUUCAAGAGCCUUAAAAAGAGCACAAGAUGUAAGAAAACAAUUGCUGUCUAUAUUUGAAAAAUAUAAUUAUGAAGUUAAAAAAAAUACAAGUAAAAAUGAUUCCACAAGAUAUGUGAAUAUAUGUAAAAGUAUUUGUUCUGGUUAUUUCAAUCAUGUUUGUAAAAGAGAUAGUCAACAAGGAUACACUACUCUUUUAACUAACCAGCAAGUUUUUAUUCAUCCUUCAUCAACUCUUUUUAAUAAAAAUCCAUUAUUUGUAGUAUAUCAUGAAUUAGUUUUAACAAAUAAAGAAUAUAUAAGAGACUGCACUAUAAUUCAACCUCAAUGGUUAAUACAAUUAGCACCCAACUUAUUUAUUCCAGCAGAUGAAAAAAAAAUAUCAAAGAUUAAAUUAAGAGAAAAAAUUGAGCCAUUGCAUAAUUAUUAUGAAGAACCUAAUGCUUGGAGGUUGUCUAGAAGAAAAGGAUAA